UAUUUUGUUUUUAGUUUGAAGAGUUGUGUCACGUAUCGUUUAUCUAUUAUCAAAUUUUACAAUCUUAUCUUAAUCUAAAAUAAUAAAUUAUAUGAUAAAAAGAAUUUAAAAAAUUAUAUUUUAGUAAUUUUUCUUUUCAUUUUUUGAUUCAUCAAAAUGAAAAAUAAUAUAUAUAUAAAUGGAAAUGAAUGAUAACCUAAAAUUUUGCAAACAAUUCCAAAGAAUUUAUAUACAAAAUGCUUCAGACGUUACGUGAACGUUCGCAAAAACGCAAGAAAUUACUUGCUCAAACGCUAGGUGUUUCGAGUGUGGACGAAUUACGACAAAUUCUCGGAACAGAUGUCAAUGAUACGCAGAAGAAAAAAUUAAAAUCGGUGGCAGAAAAGUCGGAAAAUGGAGUAAAAGAUUCGAAAAACGAGGUGGUUACGACCGAUGAAAUCGUUUACAAAGACUCGUCGACGUUUUUAAAGGGAACACAAUCAUCAAAUCCGCAUAAUGAUUACUGUCAACACUUCAUCGAUACGGGUCAACGACCGCAGAAUUUUAUUAGGGAUGUGGGUUUGGCGGAUAGAUUCGAAGAAUAUCCGAAAUUACGGGAAUUGAUUAAAUUAAAGGACGAUUUAAUUGCGGAAACUGCAACGCCACCCAUGUAUCUUAAAACUGAUUUGCUCUCAUACAAUUUGAAAGAAUUGAAUUGCAAAUUUGAUGUAAUUUUAAUUGAGCCUCCGUUGGAAGAAUAUCAACGCACCUGUGGCGCUACAAACGUACAACUUUGGAAUUGGGACCAGAUAAUGGAAUUAGAUAUCGGCGAAGUAGCGGCUAAUCGAAGUUUCGUAUUUCUCUGGUGCGGCAGUAGCGAUGGAUUAGACAUGGGACGCUUUUGUCUUCGAAAAUGGGGUUUCAGACGAUGCGAAGAUAUAUGCUGGAUUCGAACCAAUAUCAAUAAUCCAGGACACAGUAAAAAUUUGGACAGCAAAGCCGUUCUUCAAAGAACGAAAGAACAUUGUCUGAUGGGUAUCAAGGGAACUGUUAGACGAUCCACAGAUGGAGAUUUUAUUCAUGCCAAUGUCGAUAUCGAUCUGAUUAUUUCAGAGGAGCCCGAGUAUGGUUCUAUAGAAAAGCCUGUCGAGAUUUUUCAUAUAAUAGAACAUUUUUGUCUUGGUAGACGACGAUUGCACUUGUUCGGUCGAGACACCACUAUUCGACCAGGAUGGCUUACUGUUGGACCCGAGCUAACUAACACGAAUUUUAACGCAGAUCUUUAUAGUAGUUAUUUUGCCAAUGGACAAAUCACUACUGGUUGUACCGAACGUAUCGAAGCUCUUAGACCAAAGUCACCACCACCUAAGGGAAAAGUUGCAGGUCGAGGUAGAGGCGGUUUUAAUCGAGGACGAGGCAGAGGAAGGUAAAACGGCCGCGCUGAUGCUCGUGUUUCAACUCCUUUCUUCAAAUAAUAAUCAUCUGUAUACAUCAAACAUUACCAUAUAUUGGCAAUCCGAUAUUUUUUUUGUUAAAAAAUUCGGAGAAAACUACAUCAAGAGAACUUGUACUUUUGUAAUCUACGAUAUUCUUUCUUAUAUAUUGUGAUAUCUUAUAAUUUGUUUUGAAUACACUGCGUUACCGAAUAUUCCAAUUCUUUCCAAUUACGUGUAAAUAUGUAUAGUUACACAACAUAUCGAAUAUUAUCGAAAUUAAACUCGCACUCUUUUUUUUUUUUCAUUUCAAUUUGGAUAGUAUUUGGAAUAUUUUGUGACGCAGAUACAAUAUAUUUGAAAUAAAGUUCAGUCGAAUCGAUAAUCAAGAAUAUUAAUUCAAUUUUUACGUCUAUUUGCGCGUAUAGAUCGCUUAAGAAUACAUCGAUCGAUUACCUUUUUCGCAAAUGUUAGAAAAGAGCGACGAAACAACGGCACAAUUUGUCGCAAACACUUAUUAAUUUCGACUAAUUACUUAACAACAACAAUAUAAAAUAUCUUAAGUAUACGCAUUCUUAAAAAGCAAACGCGGUUAUUUCGAAACGGUUUGAGAUCCGGUCGUGUUACUUUGUACUUUGUGUCUUGAAAAUAUUAAAAUUUCUAUAAAUACAACUUAUAUACGAUAGCUACAUUUACAGCUUUUAUAUGAUCCGCGGAAACUUACGAACAAAUUUCUUGGCCCCAGUAAAGCUUCGAGUAGUAUAGAAUACGUUCAAUGGAUGGUUCGCGAAUCAUCUUUUAUAUUUCAUCUUUCUUCAUAUCUAAAACUGUACACACUCACUUUAGACGAAACGAAGAGGAACCGAUCAUGCUUGACGAUCAAUCUACGAAGUUAGUUUAUCAAUCUUUCAAGUUAUACGUAGAUUUUAUACAUGUUAUCGAACAACGUUGACACAUCCUUGAAAAUUUCGUGAAGCAUAUUAUCGCACGUUAAUUCGUAUAAUUCGCAAACGUAUAUUCGGUGAAUAUAAUAAAAAAGAAAAUCAAAUUAUCUUGUCAAAUUAUCAAUAAUAAAUAAUACAAAAUAUUUGAAAUACUAAUACGACGUUAUGAAAAAACUUUCGAAGACCGAAUAUAUUCUUAUCUAUUUUUAUAAAUAUAUGAAAAUUAAUCG